AUGGCCACUGCACUGGAAUACUCUGCAGAGCAAUUAAACUUCUACAGAAUUUGCUAUGUUGUCACCGAUGUACUAACAGAGGGCUUGCGAAUAAUCUUUAAGCAAGAAUGGGACAAUCGCUACCGGAGAACAUGGGGAGAAUGGAAAGAUCAACCUAACAAUGGACUGGACUUUUGGAAUGGCGAAUCCUCUCGAAACAGAAGCCGAAACGCUCGUCUGCUGAGAACCAUGAAAAACGGUGACACAGCUGAAUGGGAUUGCACCAUGCUGUUUUACGCCAUUCUUUAUUCAGACUGCAUCAAUCGCCUGAAUCCAACUGUUAAAUCACCCGUAAAUGACCUCAGGAAACUGCGUAAUGAAGAUUUUGGGCAUAUGCCGCGAGGACACCUUUCAGAAAAAGAUUUCCAAAGUGUGAUUUUAAAAGUUGAAAAUGCAUUUCUUGCACUCGGUCUUCCCACACAGAAAAUCCAUGAUAUCCAAACUCAAACAAGUUUCCCAACGGAAGAAUUGACAAAUAUCUUGAAGAAGGUGGACGAUCUUAAUCAAGACGUUCGAGAGAAGGAGAAGAAACUUCAAGAAAAAGAUAAUGAACUUCUCGAGAGGGAUAAGGAGCUGCUAGAAAAAGAGGAGCAGCGACAGGUCCUUGAUCAGCAGCUUCUUACAAGUGUGUCUCCCUUUUGUAUUCUUCCCCCAAAACCUACACACGAAGUCACUGACCGCGAUUCUGAGGUUAGUAAAAUUGCCCAAGAGCUGAGAGCCCUUAGAUGUGCCAAUAAUGAUGUUCUAACCACCUUGUAUAUAUCUGGAAAUCCGGGAAGUGGAAAAUCUCAGCUGGCCCGUUUGGUAGCCAAGCGAUUUUACGACGAAGUCAAAGAAAAUCCUUACACGACUUCAUUUGUUAUGACCCUGAAUGCUGAAAAUUCAGAAACGCUUUUGGAAUCCUAUGUCGUUUUCGCUCGACACUGUAAAUGUCCAGAGUAUGCAGUUACAAACACUCUCAACUCCACAGACCUAUGUGCAGACGAAAAGAUUAGAAGGCUUAAAACGCUGAUAGGCGCGAGAAUUUCUUACUUUACGUCAUGGCUGCUGGUAGUCGAUAACGUCUCUAAUGUCUCUCAAAUACCUGGACACUUACCAGAUGCAGGAGACGAACAGUGGGUAAGAGGCCAGUUGCUGAUAACAACGCAAGACGCUGUUUCUAUUCCUUUCAAAAAUUCUGCGGUCCAGCAUGUUCCAGUCAGCAAAGGAAUGCAUCCAAACGAUGCCCAUUCAUUGUUAACACUCCUGUCAGGAGUGAAUGAUGGCGAAAUGGAAGAUAAAAUUGCACAGGCAUUAGACUAUCAACCUCUUGCCUUAGCGAGUGCCGCAAUUUAUGUGCGAGAAGUUCGACAGAGUAAAGUAUCUGGUAACUUUGGCUGGGGCGACUACCUGGAGAAAGUUGCAGGCGGUCAACGAAGUAGAACAGAGACUAUCCUUAUUGAGACAAAUCCAAGCUACAAGAAGUCCAUGACAACAGCAAUAACACUUGCAGUGCAAAAAGCGAUGACGACCGACAGAGUUAUUAAUCACCUGUUCACUUUUCUUGCUCUUUGUUCACCUCAGCCAAUACCUCAAGACGUCGCUGUCAAUUACAUCAUGGAAAUGGAUGAAGAAUUUACUGAUAAAGAGUGGAUUGCAUCGAGGAUAAAUCGAUGUUCAUUGUUAUUAUCUGAAGAAGAAGGAGACAGCGUCUAUAUCCGAGUACAUGGAGUCGUUCGUUAUGUACUUGAUUGUUUAAAAGCAAAUUAUGCAAAGCAUUUAUGCAUCAAAGCUGUCGUUGGGGCUGUUGCAUCCUUCGCUAAGUUCGAUGACUUAGAUACCUUUAUCAUCGGCUCAAAAAUUGUUCCCCACCUAAGAAAAUUGAUCUUGAAGGCCAAGUAUCUGUUUUCUAAACAAGAAUUAUCUCAAAUCAGCAAAGCGGGUGUUACAUCCUUGCAAGAUUAUCUUAAUGGCUUUCCGAUCCUUGGUAAUAUGUGCUUACACCAUUGUGAAUACGAAGCCGCAAUGAACUACUUCGAAGUGGCCUUGGAAAUUACACACUUAAAUGACACAAGCGACUCUCUAGGAAAAGCUAAAAUCUACCUCUUGAUAGGAACCACACACAAAUGUAAGGGUAACUUAGAGGAAGCGAGGAGCUACUCUGCUCAUGCACUAAACAUUCGUCUGAAUCAGCUCAGGCCUGACCACGUAGAUGUCGCAGCUUCUUACAAUAACCUGGGUACUGUAUACAGUGAUCUGGGUGAUUUCCAGAAAGCAAAGGACUACCAUGCACGUGCACUGGACAUUCGUCUGAAACAGCUCGGACCAGACCAUGUAGAUGUCGCAGCUUCUUACCAUAACCUGGGUACCGUAUACAGUGAUCUAGGUGAUUUCCAGCAAGCAAAGGACUACCAUGCACGUGCACUGGACAUUCGUCUGAAACAGCUCGGACCGGACCAUGUAGAUGUCGCAGCUUCUUACCAUAACCUGGGUACUGUAUACAGUAAUCUAGGUGAUUUCCAGCAAGCAAAGCACUACCAUGCACGUGCACUGGACAUUCGUCUUAAACAACUUGGACCUGAGCAUGUAGAUGUCGCAGCUUCUUACAACAACCUGGGUACUGCAUAUAGUGAUCUAGGUGAUUUCCAACGAGCAAAGGAUUACCAUGCACGUGCACUGGACAUUCGUCUGAAACAGCUUGAACCUAACCAUGUAGAUGUUGCAACUUCUUACCACAACUUGGGUACUGUAUACAGUUAUCUAGGUGGUUUCCAGCAAGCAGAGGACUACCAUGCACGUGCACUGGAGAUUCGCCUGACACGGCUCGGACCUGAGCAUGUAGAUAUCGCAGCUUCUUACAAUAACCUGGGUACUGUAUACAGCUAUGUGAGUGACUUCCAGCAAGCAAAAGACUACCAUGUGCAAGCACUGGACAUUCGUCUGAAACAGCUCGGACCUGACCAUGUAGAUGUUGCAGCUUCAUACCACAACCUUGGUACUGUAUAUAUUGAUCUAGGUGAUUUCCAACAAGCUAAGGGCUACCAUACACGUGCACUGGACAUUCGUCUGAAACAGCUCGCACCUGAGCAUGUAGAUGUUGCAGCUUCUUACAAUAAUUUGGGUACUGUAUACAGUGAUCUAGGUGAUUUCAAGGAAGCAAAGGACUACCAUUUACGUGCACUGGACAUUUUUGUGAAACAGCUCGGACCUAAGCAUGUAGAUGUUGCAGCUUCUUACAAUAACCUGGGUACUGUAUACAGUUAUCUUGGUGAUUUCCAGCAAGCAAAGGACUGCCAUGCACGUGCGAUGGACAUUCGUCUUCAACAGCUCGGACCUGACCAUGUAGAUGUUGCAGCUUCUCACAAUAACCUGGGUACUGUAUUUAGAAAUCUAGGUGAUUUCCGGCAAGCAAAGGACUGCCAUGCACGUGCAUUGGACAUUCGUCUAAAACAGCUUGGACCUGGGAAUGUAGAUGUCGCAGCUUCUUACAAUAACCUGGGUACUGUAUGCAGAAAUCUAGGUGAUCUCAAGGAAGCAAAGGACUAUCAUGCGCGUGCACUGGACAUUCGUCUGAAACAGCUCGGACCUAAACAUACUCGUCUCGGACCUAAUCAUCUUAAAGUUGGAAAAACGUAUGAAAAUAUUGGUGAUGCUUACAAUGGUCAGGGUCACGAUGAGCAGGCUAAAAGAAACUAUGAUCGUGCUUUGGUGAUUUAUGUUCGAAGCCUUGGGGCUGAACAUGUUCAGGAAAGGCCAUUUCCGUUCUCAAGGUUCAGAGAUCUGGAGCCGAAAUUAAGGCGCAUGAACGAAGCUAAGUGGGAAGUCGAUCUUAUCGGUAUGAAGGAUGGACACGCAAGCGCCGUGCUGGUGAAAAUGAGUAAAGAUUUGAAAUUCAAAUGUGGAAGAAUCACAAAUUACAUGCGUUGA